CUGUUCGACGCGACGCGACUCACGAGAAAAACAAUUGAAUUUUUUUAGCAAUUUUAUGAGUAAAAUUGUCUGACGGCAUUUGCAACGCUUUCGCCGGAAAAGGCGCCACCAGAUGAGUGGCGCACGCAUGUGAAAGAUGGCUUUGAAUAAACGGAUUAACCCGAACCCGGACGCCCUAGCGGGCGUCGCAGAGCUAAACUACAAGUUUGCGUGUCGCUGCUGCCUAAAAGUGGACGCAGAGUUCAUUAAGCUAGAAUCGGUGUCGGUGGCGCGUAGCCUGGACCCAGAAAGCGAAGAGGAUAAAAUUUCGCUCCUGCGAUGCCUUCUCUUCUGCGUGCGCGCCGAGAACGCGGCGGAGCUGCCGCAGUACAUUUGCGUUGAGUGCAGCAAGAGCCUGCAAGUCGCGUACUACUUCCUGCAGAACGCAGUGCGUGCCCACGAGAUCCUUUGCCGCAAGCUGUGUCCCGGCAAGUUAUGGAACGCGGAGGGCAGGCGCUUCAAUGGGGCUUUGAGCCAGCGCUUGCAGCCAUCGCCAUCGCCGUCUCCGAAGGAGACGGCGACUUCGGGGGACAGGACGAGGCCCCUGAAGAGCAUGCGGCAAGAGUGCCAGGUGUGCGGCGGUAUCUUCCACAGUCGCAUGGAACUCAAGCUACACCUCCGCCAGCACACAGACGGAAUUACCUACCACUGCAAGAUGUGCAAUUUCACCACGCUCAAACAGCGCCAGCUGCUGGACCACUAUCGCUGCGAUCACGCCAUGACCCCCAGUCAGGCGGAGGAGCACGUUAAGGCGAGUCCACUGCCGAUAUCUCCCAUUAAGGAGGAUGAGGUCAAAGCAGUGUGCACGCUGGAAGACAUGGAGCUGCUUAUACCCACGGUGCUCACGCCGGACGACUACGCUCAGCCCCCGAUUGACUCGGAACAGCUGCGCGACCUCGAUCAACAGCUGGCCGCCAGUAUGGGCGACGCAGUGACCGGAGUGGACACCCUCACAUCCACAUUGCCGCCCAUGGACGCGCACAAUGUGAGCAUUGGCACAGAGUAUCUGGUCCUGCCGGAUGGAUCCCUGCAGCAGGUCAACGGAGGCGGCGUGGUCAUUGAGUACAUUGACGACAGCAAGACGCAGGCACCGCCACCAACUCCUUCCAAUCCUCCGCACAUCAACAUCAGUUUGCAAAAUCUCCUCGGCAACCACGACGAAAACGAGGGAAUGGACAUCGAUGUCAACGAGCUAAUCGUCGAGGACAUGAUGAUACAUAAACCCACUAUUUCCACUGCAGUUCCCAAUCCACCCAAGCCAAAGCCAGUCAUUGGCGUAUCCCCAAAUUACAAGCACAAGUGCAGCAUAUGCCCCAGAAUGUUCUCCUCUGUGGCACGCCUGAAAUCUCACCAGUUGACCCACAGCAAUUUGCCCAAGUUCUUCUGUGACCAGUGCAACUUCUACUCGCUGCGCAGCGUUGAUCUCAUCGAGCACUACAAGACUACGCACCACCGGGUGGAUGAGAACGGUGCGACCAGCCAGGACCCAGCGCCGGGGUCAGAGGAGACGGGCGUCUAUUCGUGCGACAUGUGCCUCUUUGAGACGCGCACCUGCAGCCAGUUGAGGGUCCACUACACAGAGGGACACGCGAUCCAGCCGACGGAAGUGCAGCUGCGUCCCAGUUGGACGAACAAUAAGACAACCAAAAUGGAGCAGCAAUUGUCGGGCAGGCAGCCAGAGCCCGCCGACCUGCCGGUGGCCAUUAAAUAUCCGUCGAUAGUUGCGGAGCAGCAAGUUCCAGUGCAGCAGCAAGUUCCAGUGCAGCAGCAAGUGCAAAUGCAGCAGCAAAUGCAAGCGCAGCAGCUAAUACAAGCGCAGCAGCAAAUGCAAAUGCAGCAGCAAAUGCAAGUUCAGCAGCAAAUUCAAGUUCAGCAGCAAAUUCAAGUGCAGCAGCAGCAGCAACCAGUGGUGGUCACCACACCAACAACGCUCAUCACACAUACGAACAGCAACAUAAACGUGGUGGUGGAUACCACGCCGCUCUUCUAUGCGUCCACCGUUUCCAGUGCGGUGCAGCAGGCAGUGACAGUGCCAGUGCCAGUGCAGACCAUGGCAGUUCCAGAGCAGACCAUGUCAGUCCCUGUGCAAAUCAUGCCAAUGCUUCCACCGGUGGCAACUGUGGUGGAGUCCACCAACGAAAAUAACAGCCAUGCAUUCGAAGUCUUUCCAAAAAUCCAACCAACCAAUGAGCAGCCGAAGGAACCCGUUCCCGUUGACCCCAUACCGUCUGCCAAUACUUCCAAUAUCUCGAUGUUUGGCGAUAUGCAGGAUUUCAUUGAUAACACCGAUGUGGCUGCCAUAUGCACGAUACCAGCGGACGAUAUGCCCGUUGUGGAUGGCGACGAUAUUGUGAUUGAUAAUAACAAUAUCAGCCUAGACUUUGAUGCCGAGAAUCUAUUUGAGGAAUUCGAGGAGGAGGACGAUACGGUGGGCGACGACGAGGGGGAGGAGGAGGAAGAGGACGAGGCGGAUAAUGACGAUGAGAAUGACAACAACGAUGCUGCCACAGAUCAAAAUCUACUGCUUACCAGCGACGAUGACGACGUGGACGACUUUGACGAUGAGCAAUCGAAGCAUCUGCAGAAGCCCUACUGCAUUUACUGCAACAAGAAGUUCACCAGUCAAUACAAGUUCGAGAACCACAUGUUUGUCCAUCGCGGCCUGGCUCCCUAUCGCUGUGAGCUGUGCACUAACCUCUACAACAUGAAGCGCCUGCUGAUCAGGCACUACAAGACCGUGCACAAGCGAAUGCCCACCAGGGACAUGGUCCAGGCCAAGGGCGAUAAGGUACUGGAGACCCGUACCAACAUAGAAAAGCUCUACAUGGAUGGAGUCAAAAGUCCCAUGGUUAUGUGCGCCAAAUGCCCCUUUGAGUGCGAGGCGGAUGGAGAAAUGCGAAAGCAUCUGAAUGCCCAUCACGGCAUUAACGAUGGACUGUCCAUACAUGCCAACGAGGUCUUCAUUAUACGCAAAUUGCCUUUCGAGUGCCCGCGCUGUAUUCGAUCGUUUGCUGCCAAGGCCACGCUCACCCGCCACCUGCAGCGCAGCCAUUUGGUGGACACUAUUAUAGAGAUGCAAACGACGCAUUCGUCGGCGGCCACCACCACCAUUACAACAACGACGGCCACUAUAGCCGGGCCAGUGGGGAAUAAAGAAUCUUUUAAGGACGAGACGAUGAUGAUGACGACAACGGCGGCUGCUGCAGGCAAUGCAGAGCUGGGAGGAAACCAGGAUGAUGGAACUGCAGCGCCACCAAAAAGGGAGCGUGCCGUGCCAGAGGAGGAUGUGGAUCCGGUGACAUUGGACGCGGCCACUGCGGCGACGACAGCUGCCAUAGCUGCUGCCAUAUCCUCUGCCUCCGUAUCGCCCAGCGUCACAACAGCCUUGGCACCAUCCGCAUCCAAUCUGUAUCCCACUCCCACGCCCUUUGAUUUCGACUAUGACCUAAUGGCCAACGAUGCGCAGCGAUCCCAGGUCUCGACUCCCACCUCCCAUCCCCAGCUCGGAUCGCCCGGCAGCGGUCUGCUCAAUGGCAGCGACAAGCUACUGACCACAGCCGCCAUGGGGCCAUACCCGACGAAGGGUCUGCGUUCCACCAGGCGGCAGGCGCACAGUUCGAUCUAUAUGUGCAAGCUGUGCAACAAGUCCUUCGACGAGCUGGGCAAGCUGGUCAAGCACGAGAUGGAGUUCCACUCGAAUACGGAACCCUCGCGAUGGGGCUACCAGCACAAGUGUUCCAUCUGCAGCACCAGCUACCGCACGCUAACGCUGCUAAAGUUCCACAUGAAGCGGCACGUCAACCGGAUAUCGCAGUGCAAGCUCUGCCCCAAGACCUUCGCCACCAACGCGGAGCUGGAGAGGCACAUGAAGGUGAAACAUUGCCGCGAAAAGUUAAUCGGUCCUUGUGCGCUGAAUGGCUGCAAAAAGAUGUUCGCCUUCAAGCAUCACAUGGUGCGGCAUCAGAACGCCUCUCAUCUGAAAUCCACGCAUAUCUGUGAAGUUUGCAACAAGGAGAUGCUGACCAUGGCGCACCUAAGAUCCCACAUGUUACUGCACAAGGGCACGGUGUCCUACAAGUGCCCCGAAUGCGACCGCCUAUAUUUGCGGCGCGGAAGACUUUUAAGUCAUCUAAUGAAUAUUCACAAGAAACGCCUUACCGAAGAUGAGAAGGCCAUCCUCUUCGGCGAAAUCAAAGAAGAACCAAGCCCGCCGCAAAGCCCGAACGAUCUGAAGGUGAUGAGGAGGAGGGGGCGUCCCAGCCGCAAGAUCUUGGAGGCGGCCGAAUCGUUGGUCAAGGAGGAGACGCAACCGGCAGCAGAACUUUCCAAAUAGUCCAGAAUUCUUCCUCGCUAAGUUAUCUAUCGCACACUGUACAAAGUAUGAUAUACUCUAAGUACUGUACUUCAUCCCUUGUUUUAGUGCAUCUAAUGUAUUGCAGUUUACCCCUUAGGUUGUAAAUUAAGCAAAGAAUUUAACCGUAAAAUCGCACAUUAUGUUAGCCCAAAAUACAGACAAACUAUAUAUCACUCUA